AUGGCCUUGGUGGAGCGGCAGGGCCAUGAGUUUGAUAGUGUCAACUGCGCCACGGCGCUGCAGCGCUCCGCUAAGCUCGAUGGCACAGCGCGGGAGCUAAAGAGCGGGUCCGUCUUCAGCUUCCGCAGCUUAAGCCGCACAACCUGGCGACCGUCCGAUGCUCGGAUCGCCACUCACUCUUUUACCAUGAAAUACUGCAAUACUAUGACUACGAGUAUUGUUCCUGCGACUAUGUGCUUUCUCUUCGUAGCGAAGCGCAAGGCCUCCUGGGCUUCUGCUCGGCUGCAGCUGGCCGAUAGGGAGCUGUCCGAGCCUCGAGGUUUCCGGCUGUCUUCCUCAGUUGCGGAGAGAUCACGUGCCGACCCGCCAGCGCGAGCACUGGGCUCGAAAAGGCGCCCUCCUGGAAGCGACCCUGAAAGUCUGAAAGUCGGGGUCGAGAGCUUCGGUGCCAUGCGGCUACAGGCACUGCUGGCCCUGGCCGCGUGGCCUCAGGGCGGCAUGGCCGCGAUCCUUCUGACAGGUUAUAAUCCUUGGGGCAACUUCACGCAGAAUCCCUCCGGGGAGGUCGCCACGGCCCUGAAUGGCAGCAUCGUGGAGCAGCUUGUGGUGCACAGUUUGCGUGUGGACGUGACCGAACUGGGGGUCUUGGAGGCACAGGACGUCGUGGAGAAAGGCGGCUGGGAUGCCGUCGUCCACCUGGGCUUCGAGGAUGAGGCCAAGGGCCUGAAGCUCGAGACCAUGGCCGCGAAUGUGCGCGCUUUGCACAAAGGGAAGGUGGCACCGGAAGGGCCGCAACUGUUACCAACGACCAGUGACCUUGGAGCGGUAGCGCUGAAUACGCAAAACCCGCAUGAGCUCUGGAGCAGGGAUGCCGGGGAUUUCUUUUGCAACGAGAUCUACUAUCGUACCCUGUACUCCAUCCGGGAGCAUCGACGUCUGCGAUGCCCUGGUGCUCUGAUCCCUUCCAUCUUCAUCCAUGCUGUCCUGGCCAGCGCUCACACCCCGCCAGAGCUGUGGACGGACUGA